AAAGAUACCGCACCACAAGGGUUAACAGAAAGCUAAUUUUGGACAGCAGCACGUUUCGAAAUUACUCACUGUGCGGAUCUGCUCGAAAUAGUGAGAAAAGUGCUAGAGAGAAAAAAAAAACUAUCGUGCAGUCGCAUUAUUCGUGCUGUCACGCACAGGCAAACUCGAAAAUCGUCGAGGAUUGUUUUGAUAAGAAAUGCUGGUUUGUUUUGAUUCGAAUUCCACACAACUUUGUACGCUUUCCGUGCGGUAUGGCAAUCGUAAACGUCUGAAUACCAACGGAUAACAUCUGCACAAGUGUGUCGUACUGAUUAUAUGCGACAACAGUCAUACAACCAGACGUAACAAUGAAUAACUUUCGUUCGACAUUUCCGUACGUUGCUCGCGAACUUCUGAAUUGGUUUCCCGGCCAUAUGGGGAAAGGAAUGAAGCAAAUGCAACAGAAACUUAAGCUGGUUGACUGUGUUAUAGAGGUGCACGAUGCUCGUAUUCCGUUGACCGGUCGCAAUACGGAAUUUAAACACACGAUUAGUGGCAUCAAGCCUCACAUAUUGGUACUCAAUAAGAGCGAUCUGAUUGAAAGGCAGCUGGAAAGUAAAAUUAUUGAUCGCCUACAGCAGGAAAGCAACGAUCCAAUGCACGUCCUGUUUACCAAUUGCAAAAGUCAGAGUUGUCGCGGCCUUCGAAAAUUGAUGCCAAUGGCGCAGGACCUUAUAAACAGCUCCGAUCGGUACAAUCGUUCCAGUCAGCGUGAGUUUUGCAUAAUGAUUAUCGGCGUUCCAAAUGUUGGCAAAUCUUCGCUAAUAAACGUUCUGCGAAACCGCCAUUUGAAUAAAAAGGGAGCGAGCCAGGUGGGUGCCGUUGCCGGUGUAACUAGGAGCGUGCUGAACCGUAUCAAAAUCUGCGAAGAACCGCUCAUUUACCUACUGGAUACACCCGGAAUUCUGGAGCCAAAUAUCGCCGAUACUGAGACGGGGCUACGACUGGCAUUGGUAUCGUGUUUGCAGGACCACCUUGUUGGCGAAGAGCUGAUUGCCGAUUACCUACUCUUCCUACUAAACAAACAACAAAAUUUCCGGUACGUGAAGGCAAUGGGUUUGAAGGAGCCAACCGAUUCGAUUGCCAGCGCCCUGAUGGCAAAUGCUAUCCAUCUGAACAAAAUGACUCGCACCAAACAGAUGGACGGAACGAGUGUGCUGCGACCGGACAUCAAUAUGGCCGCAAAGCUAAUGCUGAAGUCUUUUCGAACCGGAGCGUUUGGAAAGAUUCUGCUGGAUGAAGAUAAAAUUGUGUGCCACAGCAAUAGCAUCAAGCUAAAAAAUUGAUGAACUAAUGUUCUAAUGUGUAGAAACUUCAUACUAGGGUAGUCGAGAAAUAGUGAGAGGUGAUCAAUACAAACAAACAAAAAGAGUCUGUA